UUUGGCCGCUCAUGACUCUCUUACUAAUUGUUUGAGAAUGAGUUUGGGAAUACGGGAUGAACCCGCCCUAUUCCAGGUUGGGGAGAAAUUAGUUGAACGUUUCAGAGAAGUCACAGAAGGACCACUAAAAAGUUUGACGUAUGGAGUUGUGGGCUUUAUCGGAAUGAAACUCUAGCGGGAAUUAGUCUACAAUAAACUUUAUUUAGAUUAUCCGGAAUAAAAUAUGGAAUCGAUGCCACGACGCAAUGAAUAUUUGGUUAUCGAAGCACCACUUUUUUAAUGACCAUAUCUGUCAAAAAGCUAUAGAAAAUAUCCAUAUGCUACAAAUUAUCUGCGUUGGAGUUGUAAACUGUCUGACAGCUCCCAAUAAAGUGUGAUAACAACAGUGCCAGAUGUCAGUAGAUCCUCUGUCUGCAGUCUGCUGUGUUGUGGCGCCCUCUGCUGGGUGAAGGGGGAAGGCCAGGGCAAGGCAGGAUGGAGAAUGUGUUUGAGGAGGGGAUGAACCCUGUGAUCGUGGCCCACUACAACCACUCUGGGAAGUGGGGUCGGCCGAGGAGCAGUGGGGUCUGUAAGACUGCUGUCCUCCUCCUCAUCUGUAUCCUAAUCGUGCUGGAGAACGUUACAGUGCUGCUGGCGUUAUGGAGGAACAAACGCUUCCACAGCCGCAUGUACUUCCUCAUCGGUAACCUGGCCCUAUCUGACAUGCUAGCCGGGGUGGCCUAUGUGGUCAACAUUUUCACCUCUGGCGGCAAGACCUUUUUUCUGACACCGGCCCAGUGGCUGGCAAGAGAGGGCAGUAUGUUCGUGGCCCUCAGUGCCUCCACCUUCAGCCUGCUGGCCAUUGGCAUCGAGAGACAUAUGACCAUGGUGCGGCUGCGUCCGUGCGAGGCAGCGGGACGGGGGAGGUUACUGGGCCUGCUGGGGGCAUGCUGGGCCGUGUCAGUGCUGCUCAGCGCCCUGCCCUCCCUUGGCUGGAACUGCCUGGAACACCUGGCCUCCUGCUCUACCGUGCUGCCCCUCUAUGACAAGAGCUACGUGGCCUUCUGCAUCAGCGUCUUCAGCGCCCUGCUGGUGGCCAUCAUCAUCCUCUAUAUCCGCAUCUACCGCCUGGUGACGUCCAGCGGGCGGAGGGUGAGCAGCAGGCCCUCGGAGCACUCACUGGCCCUGCUGAGGACGGUGGUAAUAGUUCUGGGGGUGUUUGUGAUGUGCUGGGCCCCACUGUUCCUGCUGCUGCUGCUGGAUGUGGGCUGUAGCCCUGAGCGCUGCCCAGUGCUCUACCAUGUAGACUGGUUCAUCGCCUUGGCCGUGCUCAAUUCAGCCGUCAACCCCCUCAUCUACACAUUGUCCAGCAUGGAGAUGAGAGCAGCCUUCUUCAGGCUGCUGUGCUGCUGUCAGCCUCACCUGGAGGCCCCAGCCUCUAUGGCAGGCAACCCCCACCUGGGGACAGUCAUCCCCACGGCCGAGAACAGCAGGUCCAGUGUGGCUGGAGGAGGGAGUAGGAUAACGGGGGCUGCCAAGUCUCUGACCCGGGGGAAGGUGACCACGCCCCUGAACUCUAAUACAGGGCCGGCCGACCUGGUGUCAGUGGUGCUGGUCAAGGCUAGUGCACUGCCGUCCCUCAGCAAAUUCUGACUUGACAGCUAAUUCACUGUAGACUGGUCCUAGAUCUGUAUGCGCUCUAGUAGUCUAGCCAACUCCUCUGACUAUCGUUAUCAUGCGAUGUCUGUCAUAGUUGGCUAAAGCACAUGCAGAUCUUGGACCAGGCUAGAUUCACACUGCAUGGGUAACUGGCAAUGCUGUGAGUGGGCAUGGUACAGGCAUGGACACUGGGGCUAUUUCAGUAUGUAUUGGUGAAAGUAUUGACUGAAGAGACCUUGGGUAGACACUCAGAUGAGGUUUGUACUGAUGAACUUGCUGUAAAGCAGGGGUUCCCACGUUUUUUUGGCCCCUGACCCCUUUUUGAAACUUUUUUAUUGGGUCUAUGACACUCUAUUACAAAUCAGUCUGACAGUAUUUCAAUCUGAAGUGCCUGAAGUGGCUCUGUCACUCAGAAAUGUAUUCCAGCUUCUGCCUGCCAGCUGUAACACUUGGUGUAGGCUAUCUGCCCCUCCCCUUUGUAGCAUAGGUUACUGUAGCCCACUGACGAUGUUACAAGAGUCAUUCAGAUAUUAGAGAGAUAUGUUUAUUGGAGAAGAAUGGAUUGACUUUUUUAAAUGUUAGUUAAGGAUACUAUAGUUAUCACAUUUCACAAUGGAUUUAUUAACUACAAAAAGGUAAGACGUGUUUUUAAUUCUAGUGCUGCUCUGCACACACAAGCUAGCUAGCUAACGCUUGCAAUGCUCCAUUAAUAAACCAACUCGGAAGUUGAAAGACAUUUGAAGUUCCUCCAUAGAACCCGCUCCUCCGUAUAGGUAUAAUUCUGGGGGCCUAAUUCAGAUAAUGCAUGUCAUAACAAGAUGCCCAGUGCUUCAAAGGAAGCUUCCUCCAUUCUCUCUCACCCUCAAAAUUGAUGUUGCAUCUUGUGUCCUACACUGUGUGUGUUUGUCUUUCAUUGAGAUUAAACCAUGCUGUUAAAAUGUGCUCUCAACAACUUUCCUAUACAGCUAAAAUUGCUUACGCGUUCCACAGCAAGCUGCUUUAUUUUCACUGAUUUGUUGAAGUAAUUUAAUGUCGAGCUAAAUGUAAAAAAUAUAUACACUACAAAAUAUGUGGACAGCCCUUCAAAUUGGUGGAUUUGGCUAUUUCAGCUACGCCCUUGCUGGCCAGUGUAGAAAAUCGAGCACACAGCUAAGCAAUCUCUGUAGACAGACAUUUUCAGUAGAAUGGCCCAUACUGAAGAGCUAAGUGACUUUCAAUAUGGCAACGUCAUAAGAUACCAUCUUUCCAACAAGUCAGUUUGUCAAAUCUGGGUUUGGCAGAUGCAAGGAUAACGCUAGUGCCAACUGUAAAGAUUGGUGGAGGAAUAAUGGAAUAAUGGUCUGGGGCUGUUUUUCAUGGUUUUGGCUUGGCUCCUUGGAUCUAGUGAAGGGAAAUCUUAACGCUACACCAUACAAUGACAUUCUAGAUGAUUAUGUGCUUCCAACUUUGUGGCAACAGUUUGGGGAAGGCCCUUUCCUGUUUCAGUAUGACAAUGCCCUUGCGACUGAAUGGAAGCAAGUCCAGUAACAAUGUUCCAACAUCUAGUGGAAAGCCUUCCCAAAAGAGUAGAGGCUGUUAUAGUAGCAAAGGGGGGAGUAACUCCAUAUUAAUGCAAAUGGUUUUGGAAUGAGAUGUUUGGCGAGCAGGUGUUCACAUACUUUUGGCCGUGUAGUGUAUAUUUCAGACGUUUAAAAAAGAAUCGAAAGGAACUACAUAAACUGGUACUUUUGGGGGUUUGAAACUGUUCAGAACUUUCUUUUUCUGGUCGAAACAUUGGAACAGAACGAAAAAAAAAUUCAGCUUGGGGUCAGAACUAAAUGAUUGGAAAAUAAUUUUGGUUCCUAACCCGUGGUUUGAAGUGACUGAAAUAAAUCAGAAAGGUAUUGGAAAGUUCAGAAGAUCAUCAGGCAAUAAUGUUGAUGAUGUAUGAUCUGUGUAGAAAAUAACAUCAUUGUUGAGGAUGUUCUUUUCUCCCCCAAUCUAAUUUAGUGCCUGGCCUUGUCCACUCGGUUCUAACUGCUUAUGGGUAUAGUACAGGGAAGCAGUACAGUACGUACCUUUGUAUUCCUGUGAGUCUUAUCUUUCAUAUUUUGUAGGAAGAAAACAGAAACCUCUCUGUUUAUUACAUCCGCAUCUAGCGGCUACUGGAGGUUACUGAUAUAACCCCUGUUC